CAUGACUAAUUUAAAGCAGGACGCUGCAAGCAUACACCAGGCUUGCCAAGUCACCAUGGCUGCAGUAAGGAUGGGCAAAGGGAGGGGGGGUUUGGUGUCUCUAGGGACCUGCUUCUAAAACAGACGCAACAGAAAAGAUGCCUCGCACACAGCAGAGCUGGAGGGAAAGAGCGCUGUUCUCCAUGGCUAAUGUCAUGCAUCUCAUCGUACUACUUCUCUACUGUGAUGGGAUGAACACAGAAACAACCCAUUCCCCAGAGUCUGAUCCUGUAAUUACAACCAAAAAAGCUGAAUCCAGAGGUCAAAGUCAAGUCAUUAUUGAAGAGCUUGCAAUCCUGACACCCCAAUAUAUAGAGCUUUUAUGUAACUUAACUGAUAUACCAAAUAACCCCCCGUACAUUACUGGCUAUUGGACUAAAGAUGGACAAGAAAUUGAAAACUCUGAAGAAACUGUAAAUAGAAAAAAUGAACAGUAUAUUCUUAAAAGGACUUUCAGUAUACAGGCCAGUGACCUGGGAAAUUAUUCAUGCGUCUUCAGAGAAAAUGAGGCACAAGUAAUAUUUGUUUUAGAUGUUCCGGUAAUGAAAGACAAAAGAAACAAGCCAGUAGUGAGCUACAUUGGAGAUUCAGUUGUACUCGAGUGUAAACUCAAAUACACGCCAAACACAUGGAACUGGUACAAGGCAAACAACACUGAAAAGGUGCUCAUCAAUGUCACUGCAAACCCUCUUAACUAUAAGAUCCUUAUUAAUGGAAAUAAAACAAAACUGACUGUACUGAAUCUGACUGAGGAAGAUUCUGGAAAGUACAUCUGCAGUGCUGAGUUUGAUAUCAAACCCAGUGAGUCUUAUGUAGAGCUGAAGGUCAUGUCGUACAUUGAGCCUCUCAAACCCUUCAUGGCCAUAGUGGUUGAAGUCAUUAUCCUGGUCACACUGAUUUUGCUUUGGGAAAAAUGCAACAAGCCAGAACAUAAUUCUUCUGCAGGAGGGAAUGAUGUCUACUCUGAACAAACCAGCAAACUCACUCAUGAUGACAACAAUGGAGUGGAGAACAUCACGGCAAGACAAAGAAAACUGGAGCACUGAGAUUUUCAUUUAAACAGAUGAAAGAGCAGCGUGUGAUUAUUUAGAAAACAUUUUAUUCUACUUUUGAAUCUUGUGGCUUGAAUAACAUAAUAAGCAAUAAGGUUUUUUGUCUGUUACAGCAAUACCAUAUAUAUUUACAUUACUAAUAUUACAUAAUUAUAAAGUAUGAAGCAUGUUUUCAUACUUCAAUAUAGUGUUAUUGUAAACGGUUCAGGGUUCAUAUGACCUUUUUUGGACAUUAAUUUGAUAAAGGUCAACUAAUAAUGAAACUGGUUCCUGAAGGCUUUACUAAAGGGUUAGAUCGCUUUAUGUGAUGAACGUUUUAGGCUUUUAUUCAAAAAUAAACAUCAACACAUGCAUAGAGGUCAAUGUAAGGCAGCUCAACUGCUUGAUUGAGAGGUUUGUUCAUCAUGUAAAGUGAUUGUAUCACUUAAGAAGUUUUGAAUUAAACCACUCAAUUCUUAUGGAUUA